GCCUCAGGUGGGCGUAACCGACGUGCGCGGGCCCAACCUAUGGGUGGGAGUGGCCGACAUCGGCAACCAGUCCCCAACCUGGUCGGACAGGGCCCACCCGCGGGCUUCCUGGUUUCACCUGCGGAGGGCUUUGGCCGCAGAACCACUCGCAGCGUCGCGAGGCCGGAAGGAGCGCGACGCCGCCCCACUCGCCCCAACCGGCGCCAUGAAAGCCGUGGUGCAGCGCGUCACCCGUGCCAGCGUCACAGUUGGAGGAGAGCAGAUAAGUGCCAUUGGACGCGGCCUCUGCGUGUUGCUGGGAAUUUCUCUGGAAGAUACACAGAAGGAACUGGAGCACAUGGUCCGAAAGAUUUUAAACUUACGUGUGUUUGAGGAUGAGAGUGGGAAGCACUGGUCCAAGAGUGUGAUGGACAAACAGUAUGAGGUGCUGUGCGUCAGCCAGUUCACCCUCCAGUGUGUCCUCAAGGGCAACAAGCCCGACUUCCACCUGGCAAUGCCCACGGAACAGGCAGAGAGCGUCUACAAUAGCUUCUUGGAGCAGCUACGCAAGACGUAUAGGCCAGAGCUCAUCAAAGAUGGCAAGUUUGGUGCCUACAUGCAAGUCCACAUUCAGAACGAUGGGCCUGUGACCAUAGAACUGGAAUCCCCAGCUCCUGGUGCUGCUACCUCUGACCCAAAGCAGCUUUCAAAGCUUGAAAAACAGCAGCAGAGGAAAGAAAAGACCAGAGCCAAGGGGCCUUCUGAAUCAAGCAAAGAAAGAAACGCUCCUCGAAAAGAAGACCGCAGUGCCAGCAGCGGGGCUGAGGGCGACGUGUCUUCUGAACGGGAACCGUAGACUUCAGGGACGGGAUUCAGUGCAUUAUCAUUGGGCACAAUUGGAUCCUGAAAAAUUCAUGAAAGUUGCUAAGCAUGUACCCUGCUUUAAGAAUUUGGAACUGAAUCAUGAAAAGGAAGGCAGAAAUAAGAAAUUGGGAACCUGAAGAGUCAUGCAAAAAAACACCAAAGGAAUGUUACCAUUUUGUUGUUGCUAUGAUCUAAUAGAGGAAGCAAGUGCUGCCAGUGCAGGGGAUGUGCCCCUGCACAUGGCAGCAGGGCAUACACCUGCGCGUCCUCCUCAGGAAGGCAUUGUUGGUUCCUACGAUGUGUUGGCUUGCUUUUGGAACAGGCUGGCCCAACAUCAUUUGUCAUCGACUUCUCCUUUUACACUGUGGUUUAUUUCUGCGUGUCCAUGAUGGGUCUCAAAUGCAUUCAUGCUGUCCAUGUUCUUUCCAACACUGGCCAAACCAGGACCCAUGUUCAGGUGUAAAGAGAACAAUCAUCAAUGAUAAUGUAUUGUGUGAGACCUUUGCAUCUUGUAAAUUUUCUCUUUUUUCUAAAAAUAAUAAAACUUCAAACCUCAAAA